AAAAGAUAGAGGUUGAGUUUGAGCAUUUUAGUAAGCCUAUAAAAAGCUCGCGAGCAUUUCCAUGUUCUUCGUAUCAGUUCCAGAGAGAAAUUGUUUGAAGAAAUGUCGAGCACGGCCGGUCAAGUCAUCAAAACGCAAAGCUGCUGUGUCAUGGGAGGCAGGCAAACCUUUGGUGAUAGAGGAGGUGGAUGUGGCACCUCCUCAGGUAAUGGAAGUCCGAAUCAAGAUCCUCUUCACUUCACUCUGCCACACUGAUGUUUACUUUUGGGAAGCUAAAGGACAAAAACCGAUGUUUCCUCGAAUCUUUGGCCAUGAAGCUGCAGGGGAUGGGGUGUCGCAGUGCUGGUUGGUGUUCCUCACAAGGAUGCUAUCUUCAAGACUCAUCCAGUUAAUUUCUUGUGUGAGAGAACCCUCAAGGGGACUUUCUACGGCCACUUCAAACCCAAAUCUGAUCUCCCCGGUGUAGUCGAGAAAUACAUGAACAAGGAGAUAGAGGUGGAGAAGCUGAUCACUCACGAAGUGAGUUUCUCUGAUAUCAACAAGGCGUUUGACUACAUGCUGCAAGGGGACAGCCUCAGGUGCAUCAUCCGCAUGGUUGAGUGACUGAAGCAUCCUUUAAUGCAUCUAGUUUUGAAUAAAUAUGGAGCAGCGCGUGAUGAUUUUGUAAAAACCUAAGCGGUUU